CUACUGUCCGCUUACCCGCAGCCGCGAUGUUGCUGCUGCCCCUCCUUACACUCCUGGCCCUGCCCUUCUGUCAGGCCCUCAUCUCCAAAGACCAGGCUCGAGAAGAGCUCACUAAGCUUGCCGCUGCGAAUAAUGGCGUCGUCAAUGUCGACGAGCACACCUUUGAGCUGCUCACCCUGCCUGACCGCGAAUGGUCCUCAACCAUAGUAUUCACUGCCAUGGAUCCCAGGAGGAAGUGUGGUCCUUGCAAAGGAUUCCAGCCUGCAUAUGACUCCGUUGCGAAGGCUUGGACAAAGGUAGCCCAGGAGCACAGAAAUCAGCACUUCUUCGGUUAUGCGAACUUCGAAGACGCCAUGACGGUCUUCCAAAAGGUUGGUAUCCAAUCCGCACCCCUCGUGUACUUGUAUCCUGCAACCGAAGGCCCCUACAAGGCCCCCAGCGGCAGGACUACCCCGCUCGUCUAUGACUUCUCGGGUGGGUUCGAUGCUGAGCCCCUUGCUCAGUAUCUAUCUCGCCAUACUCCCGUACCGAUUCCUUACAAGCCACCCGUCGAUUGGAUGAAGUACGCAACUAUUGGGGCUACCCUUCUCAUUGCUGUUACAGCUUUGCGCGUCAUCUCUCCGCUCUUGAAGUCUCGAUGGGUCUGGGCUAUCGGCACCGUCCUGACUAUUCUCACCAUGACGGGAGGCUUCAUGUUUGUCCGCAUUCGUGAAAUGCCUUAUACUGGAAAUGACGGCCAGUGGAUCGCUGCCGGUUAUCAGAAUCAGUUUGGCCAGGAGACCCAGGUUGUUGGUUUGCUGUAUGGCCUUCUCAGUGCCUCAUUCCUCAUGCUCACCAUGGUGGCGCCAUACCAAACAUCUCCGAGACGUCAGCAGUGGCAAGUUUGGCUAUGGUCGGCUGUCAUCUGCAUUAUCUUUUCUGUUCUUGUCUCGCUCUUCCGCGUGAAGAAUAGAGGCUAUCCCUUCAAGCUCCUGAUCUAGAAGUUGGACAAAUCGAUAGGAAUGCGUUUCAAACCAUAAUGGACCUGUAGACAUCCGUGUUCGUUGACGAACAAUCAGAUAACUUCAGAUAACCUCCCAUACCCGAAGACUACUCGAGGGACGAUGCAGGGUUGGCUGCAGCUCCAUGAGGCAUCGUCUGUUCUACCAUUUUAUAGCUCCCGGUGCUUAGUGUAUUAUGGCGUAUUCUCCUCGCUACUGAAAUUAAAUCCGGGCCGUCUUUAUAUACGGCCCGUCCGUCUUCGAGACAUCGUGUCCACUGACACCCCCCAUGCUCUUGAGGUUAUGAUGCGCGGCCACAUGAUGCGCUCCGAUGUCUCUUCGCCCUGAAGUCGGAGGCUGUCACGUAUACUUCCUCGCUGAUGCGAGAUAUAUAAUGAGGGACACAACG